UGACGGCGGACUUAUCUGGUCUCCGGGCUGAGAUAAGGCCGCUGGGACCGAAAGCGGACAGAGUUAACCUGCUACAGAGGCUCCACAGCCCCGGGCAGCCUCGAGAUGGGAGCCCUCAGCCUGGCAACAGGGGCUCCCCUCCACUCCCACCUCUCAUUUGCACCUGGGACCCAGGGCCCCAAGAAGCUGUGCCCGGUGCUGCAGUUCAUGAGCGACCUCCCGGCACACACCAACACCAGCGGGCGCUACAUCGACUACGCGUCGGUGACGCUGCACGGGCUGGUCUCUCUGAUGGGCAUCCUGGAGAACGCGGCCAUCCUCUACGUGGUGGGCUGCCGCAUGCGCCAGACGGUGGUCACCACGUGGGUGCUGCACCUGGCGCUGUCCGACCUGCUGGCCACCAUCAGCCUGCCCUUCUUCACCUACUUCCUGGCCGUGGGCCACUCGUGGGAGCUGGGGACCACCUUCUGCAAGCUGCACUCCUCCGUCUUCUUCCUCAACAUGUUUGCCAGCGGCUUCCUGCUCAGCGCCAUCAGCCUGGACCGCUGCCUGCAGGUGGUGAAGCCCAUCUGGGCCCAGAACCACCGCACCGUGGCCGCGGCCCACAAGGUCUGCUUGGCGCUCUGGGGCCUGGCCCUGCUCAACACGGUGCCCUACUUCCUGUUCCGGGACACCAUGCGCCGCAAGGAUGGGCGCGUCAUGUGCUACUACAACCUCCUGCUGUACAGCUCGGGGGGCACCGCCGACGGCCAGGCGGUGUGCGGCCGGCGCCAGGUGGCCCUGGCCGUCAGCAAGUUCCUGCUGGCGUUUGCCGUGCCCCUGGGCGUCAUCGGCGCUUGCUACCUGGCGGUGAGCCUGCGGGUGCGCCACCGCUGCCGCCGCCAGCCCAGCCGCUUCCUGCGCCUGGUGAUGGCCGUCAUCGCGGCCUUCGUGCUCUGCUGGCUGCCCUACCACAUCUUCAGCCUGCUGGAGGCGCAGGCGCACCACGACCCCAGCCUGCUCCCGGUCGUGUGGCAGGCGCUGCCCUUCGUGUCCAGCCUGGCCUUCAUCAACAGCGUGAUCAACCCCUUCCUCUACGUGCUGACCUGCCCCGACGUGCUGACCAAGCUGCGCCACUCGCUGCGCUGCGUGCUCGAGAGCGUGCUGGUGGAGGACAGUGAGCUGGUGUGCGGCGGCGGCCGCCGGCGCCGCAGCUCCCAGGGCGGCUCCCUGUCCAGGUCCUCCUCCACCCUCAGCUCCGUGGGCUUCCCCCGCCGCUGGCUCCCCUGCCUGGGGGCCAAGGUGGCCAGACAGCUGGAGAAAGCCCCGCAGCCCAAGGGGGUUCCCCUGAAAUGAGGCCGGCCGGGCGAGGCUCCUCCAGAUCACACCCACUGUCCUGGCCCGAGCAUCUCCCGUCCCCAUGUCCCCAUCUCUGGCGGCACACAAACCUCCGCCCCUCAACCCAGAGAUAACUCAGAGCAACCCCUGUUAGAGAUGGGUAAACUGAGGGCUGGAGGGGAAUAAACUUGCUAAAGGGGAGCAGGUUGGCAAGCAGGGGUGAAGCUCUUCCGAUCCUAAAUUACUUUAAGCCAUUAACACUUGGGAGGGAAUGAGUUUUGGGGGGUCAAUUUCUCCAGAAAUGGGCACAGGGCCAACGAAAACAUGGACCCAUGACCUCAGUGGUUCAAAGCAGCGGCUCCUUUGCUCCUAGCAUAUCCCCCCUUCCCAAUCGACCAAGGGCUCCUUCCCUCCCACUCAUAUCCUCUCCAGAGUCAGGAGGA